AUGGCCGCGGUGACCUUGUCCGUGCCCGGGCGGAAGGCGGCCCCCAGGCCCAGCCCCGUGCCGGAGGCCGCGCAGCCGUACCUGUUCGCGCCCCGUGGGCCGGGCGUGGGUGGCGGGCCCGGGGGCGCGGGCACCGCGCCGCAGGUGGAGUGGACGGCGCGGCGCCUGGUGUGGGUGCCUUCGGAGCUGCACGGGUUCGAGGCGGCGGCGCUGCGGGACGAGGGCGAGGAGGAGGCCGAGGUGGAGCUGGCGGAGAGCGGGCGGCGGCUGCGGCUGCCGCGGGACCAGAUCCAGCGCAUGAACCCGCCCAAGUUCAGCAAGGCGGAGGACAUGGCCGAGCUCACGUGUCUCAACGAGGCCUCGGUGCUGCACAAUCUCCGGGAGCGCUACUACUCGGGCCUCAUCUACACGUACUCUGGCCUUUUCUGUGUGGUCAUCAAUCCAUACAAGCAGCUUCCCAUCUAUACGGAGGCCAUUGUGGAGAUGUACCGCGGCAAGAAGCGCCACGAAGUGCCACCCCACGUGUACGCGGUGACCGAGGGGGCCUACCGCAGCAUGCUCCAGGAUCGUGAGGAUCAGUCCAUUCUCUGCACCGGAGAGUCCGGGGCUGGGAAGACAGAAAACACCAAGAAGGUCAUCCAGUACCUCGCCCACGUGGCGUCGUCCCCGAAGGGCAGGAAGGAGCCAGGCGUACCGGGUGAGCUAGAGCGGCAGCUUCUUCAGGCCAACCCCAUCCUAGAGGCCUUCGGCAACGCCAAGACAGUGAAGAAUGACAACUCUUCCCGAUUUGGCAAGUUCAUCCGCAUCAACUUCGACGUGGCCGGGUACAUCGUGGGCGCCAACAUCGAGACGUACCUGCUGGAGAAGUCGAGGGCCAUCCGCCAAGCCAAGGAUGAAUGCAGCUUCCACAUCUUCUACCAGCUGCUGGGAGGCGCAGGAGAGCAGCUCAAGGCUGACCUCCUCCUGGAGCCUUGCUCCAACUACCGCUUCCUGACCAACGGGCCAUCGUCCUCUCCGGGCCAGGAGCGGGAGCUCUUCCACGAGACGCUGGAGUCGCUGAGGGUCCUGGGAUUCACCCCGGAGGAAAUCACCUCCAUGCUGCGGAUGGUCUCCGCGGUUCUCCAGUUCGGCAACGUCGUCCUGAGGCGGGAACGGAACAACGAUCAGGCCUCCAUGCCUGACAACACAGCCGCACAGAAGCUCUGCCGCCUCCUGGGAUUAGGGGUGACGGAUUUCUCCCGCGCCCUGCUCACGCCUCGCAUCAAAGUCGGCCGAGACUACGUGCAGAAAGCGCAGACCAAGGAACAGGCUGACUUUGCGCUGGAGGCCCUGGCCAAGGCCACCUACGAGCGCCUCUUCCGCUGGCUGGUCCUGCGCCUCAAUCGUGCCCUGGACCGCAGUCCCCGCCAGGGCGCCUCCUUCCUGGGCAUCCUGGACAUCGCCGGCUUCGAGAUCUUCCAGGUCGACUACAAGGCCAAUGAGUGGCUGAUGAAAAACAUGGACCCGCUGAAUGACAGCGUCGCAGCCCUGCUUCACCAGAGCACAGACCGGCUGACUGCGGAGAUCUGGAAAGAUGUGGAGGGCAUCGUGGGGCUGGAGCAGGUGAACAGCCUUGGGGAUGGCCCCCCCGGCGGCCGCCCCCGCCGGGGCAUGUUCCGGACAGUGGGACAGCUCUACAAGGAGUCCCUGAGCCGCCUCAUGGCCACGCUCAGCAACACCAACCCCAGCUUCGUCCGCUGUAUCAUCCCCAACCAUGAGAAGAGGGCCGGGAAGCUGGAGCCUCGGCUGGUGCUGGAUCAGCUGCGCUGCAACGGUGUCCUGGAGGGCAUCCGCAUCUGCCGCCAGGGCUUCCCCAACCGCAUCCUCUUCCAGGAGUUCAGGCAGCGGUACGAGAUCCUGACGCCCAAUGCCAUCCCCAAGGGCUUUAUGGAUGGGAAACAGGCCUGCGAGAAGAUGAUCCAGGCCCUAGAACUGGACCCCAACCUCUACCGUGUGGGACAGAGCAAGAUCUUCUUCCGGGCAGGGGUCCUGGCCCAGCUGGAAGAGGAACGCGACCUGAAGGUCACAGACAUCAUCGUGUCCUUCCAGGCAGCCGCCCGGGGUUACCUAGCACGCAGAGCUUUCCAGAAGCGGCAGCAGCAGCAGAGCGCCCUGAGGGUCAUGCAGCGGAACUGCGCGGCUUACCUCAAGCUGAGACACUGGCAGUGGUGGCGGCUCUUCAUCAAGGUGAAGCCGCUGCUGCAGGUGACGCGGCAGGAUGAGGUGCUGCAGGCACGGGCCCAGGAGCUCCAGAAGGUGCAGGAGCUGCAGCAGCAGAGUGCCCGCGAGGUGGGCGAGCUCCAGGGCCGCCUGGCACAGCUGGAAGAGGAGCGCAGCCGCCUGGCAGAGCAACUGCGGGCGGAGGCAGAGCUGUGCGCGGAGGCCGAGGAGACGCGCGGGCGGCUGGCGGCCCGCAAGCAGGAGCUGGAGCUGGUGGUGUCGGAGCUGGAGGCCCGCGUGGGGGAGGAGGAGGAGUGCAGCCGCCAGCUGCAAACCGAGAAGAAGAGACUGCAGCAGCACAUACAGGAGCUGGAAAACCACCUCGAGGCAGAGGAGGGGGCGCGACAGAAGCUGCAGCUAGAGAAGGUGACCACGGAGGCGAAGCUGAAGAAAUUCGAGGAAGACCUGGUCCUCUUAGAAGAUCAGAAUGCCAAGCUGAGCAAGGAGCGGAAGUUGCUGGAAGAGCGCCUGGCCGAGUUCUCCUCGCAGGCUGCGGAGGAGGAGGAGAAGAUCAAGAGCCUCAAUAAGCUUCGACUCAAAUACGAGGCCACGAUUGCGGACAUGGAGGACCGCCUGCGGAAGGAGGAGAAGGGCCGCCAGGAGCUGGAGAAGCUGAAGCGGCGGCUGGACGGCGAGAGCUCGGAGCUGCAGGAGCAGAUCGCCGAGCAGCAGCAGCGCUCCGAGGAGCUGCGGGCCCAGCUGGGCCGCAAGGAAGAGGAGCUGCACGCCGCCCUGGCCAGGGCGGAAGAGGAGGGCGGGGCCCGGGCCCAGCUGCUCAAGUCGCUGCGGGAGGCGCAGGCCGGGCUGGCCGAGGCCCAGGAGGACCUGGAGACCGAGCGGGCGGCCAGGGCCAAGGCGGAGAAGCAGCGCAGGGACCUGGGCGAGGAGCUGGAGGCGCUGCGGAGCGAGCUGGAGGACACGCUGGACUCCACCAACGCGCAGCAGGAGCUCCGGUCCAAGAGGGAGCAGGAGGUGACGGAGUUGAAGAAGGCUCUGGAGGAGGAAACGCGUGUUCACGAAGUGGCCGUGCAGGAGCUGAGGCAGCGCCACGGCCAGGCCCUGGGGGAGCUGGCCGAACAGCUGGAACAGGCCCGGAGGAGCAAAGGUACGUGGGAGAAGACCCGGAUGGCCCUGGAGGCUGAAGUGUCUGAGCUCCGGGCGGAGCUGAGCAGCCUGCAGACCUCGCGGCAGGAGGGCGAACAGCGGCGGCGCCGCCUGGAGUCCCAGCUGCAGGAGGUGCAGGGCCGGGCUGGCGACGGGGAGCGGGCGCGAGCAGAGGCUGCGGAGAAGCUGCAGCGAGCCCAGGCUGAACUGGAGAACGUGUCUGGGGCCCUGAGUGAGGCCGAGUCCAGAGCCAUCCGGCUGAGCAAGGAGUUGAGCAGCACAGAGGCCCAGCUUCACGACGCCCAGGAGCUGCUGCAAGAGGAGACCAGGGCGAAGCUGGCCUUGGGGUCCCGGGUUCGAGGCCUGGAGGCCGAGGUGACCGGGCUGCGGGAGCAGCUGGAGGAGGAGGCGGUCGCCAGGGAGCGGGCGGGCCGCGAGCUGCAGACCGCCCAGGCCCAGCUCUCGGAGUGGCGGCGCCGCCAGGAGGAGGAGGCGGGCGCGCUGGAGGCCGGGGAGGAGGCCCGGCGCCGGGCGGCCCGCGAGGCCGAGGCCCUGACCCAGCGCCUGGCAGAAAAGACGGAGGCGGCCGAGCGGCUGGAGCGGGGCCGCCGGCGGCUGCAGCAGGAGCUGGACGACGCCACCGUGGACCUGGAGCAACAGCGGCAGCUCGUGAGCUCGCUGGAGAAGAAGCAGCGCAAGUUCGACCAGCUCCUGGCAGAGGAGAAGGCGGCCGUACUGCGGGCGGUGGAGGAGCGUGAGCGGGUCGAGGCGGAGGGCCGGGAGCGCGAGGCUCGAACCCUGGCCCUGACCCGGGCACUGGAGGAGGAGCAGGAGGCGCGGGAGGAGCUGGAGCGGCAGAACCGGGCCCUGCGGUCGGAGAUGGAGGCCCUGCUGAGCAGCAAGGACGACGUCGGCAAGAACGUGCAUGAGCUGGAGCGAGCCUGCCGGGUGGCAGAACAGACAGUCAGCGACCUGCGGACGCAGGUGACGGAGCUGGAGGAUGAGCUGACCGCAGCCGAGGAUGCUAAGCUGCGCCUGGAAGUGACCGUGCAGGCUCUCAAGGCCCAGCACGAGCGUGACCUGCAGGGCCGUGACGAGGCUGGCGAGGAGAGGCGGCGGCAGCUGGCCAAGCAGCUGAGGGAUGCAGAGGUGGAGCGGGAUGAGGAGCGCAAACAGCGCGCCCAGGCCGUGGCCGUGCGCAAGAAGCUGGAGGUUGAGCUGGAGGACUUGAAGGCCCAGAACGCGGCCGCCGCGCAGGGCAAGGAGGAAGCCGUGAAGCAGCUUCGCAAGAUGCAGGCCCAGAUGAAGGAGCUGUGGCGGGAGGUGGAGGAGUCGCGCACUUCCCGGGAGGAAAUCUUUUCCCAGAACCGAGAGAGUGACAAGCGCCUCAAGGCGCUGGAGGCGGAGGUGCUGCGGCUACAGGAGGAACUGGCCGCCUCAGAUCGUGCCCGGCGGCAGGUCCAGCAGGAGCGGGACGAGAUGGCCGACGAGGUGGCCAAUGGCAGCCUUAGCAAGGCAGCCAUUCUGGAGGAGAAGCGGCAGCUGGAGGGGCGCCUGGGGCAGAUGGAGGAGGAGCUGGAGGAGGAGCAGAGCAACGCGGAGCUGCUGGGUGACCGCUACCGCAAGGUGCUCCUGCAGGUGGACUCGCUGACUACAGAGUUGUCUGCGGAGCGCAGUUUCUCGGCCAAGGCAGAGAGCGGGCGGCAGCAGCUGGAGCGGCAGAUCCAAGAACUCCGGGGGCGCCUGGGUGAGGAGGACGCCGGGGCCCGGGCCCGCCAGAAGAUGAUCAUUGCUGCCCUGGAGUCUAAACUGGCCCAGGCCGAGGAGCAGCUAGAGCAGGAGAGCAGGGAGCGCAUCCUGUCCGGCAAGCUGGUGCGCCGCGCUGAGAAGCGGCUUAAGGAGGUGGUGCUCCAGGUGGAGGAGGAGCGAAGGGUGGCCGACCAGCUCCGGGACCAGGUGGAGAAGGGCAACCUUCGGGUGAAGCAGCUGAAGCGGCAGCUGGAGGAGGCGGAGGAGGAGGCGUCCCGGGCUCAGGCGGUCCGCCGCAGGCUGCAGCACGAGCUGGACGAUGUCACGGAGGCCUCGGAGGCCAUGAACCGCGAGUUGAACGCGCUGAGGAACCGCCUCCGACGUGGCCCCCUCACCCUCACCACCCGCAAGGUGCGCCAGGUCUUCCGACUGGAGGAGGGCGUGCCGUUGGAGGAGGAGAUGGAGGACUAGGAGCCCGGGCCUGCGCCGCCACCCCAGGAGCCUGACGGGCCCCCAGCGUCGCAGCCCCAGUGACCCCGCCCUGCCCCUGGCCUUGGCCCCUCCCUCCCUGGCCCCUGGUCCCUCGGGGCGCCCGUCCCAGGAACCCAACCUCUGGCUUCCUGCACUUUGGAAAUGGUGCCAACCUUUGGCACUGUAGCUCUCACCACCCCACGUUGGGAGGCGGGGCUGAGACCUCCAAUAGACCCCAAAACACAGGAGCAGGCGAGCAGGGAGACGUGGGGGGUGGGGGGGGCUUCGGCUUGGAAGGAAACCCAGGAGCAGAUGGCAAGCUGUGGCCCCAUACGGCUCCCCUCCCUCCUUAAGUCGUUAAUGGUCUUUAUUAGCAAGGGAGCGCCGCUCCCUUGUCCUCCGAAGCCAGGGUUCUCAUUCCCCUCCCCCCGUCUGCCCCCCCCCUCCGCUGCCUCUCCACCGACCCCAAACUUGUGAGCGACAGCAGCCGGAGCCCCAGGUCUGCACCAGCCUUUGACCCUUGCAGAGGAGCAGGAUGUAUCCUGUCGCCGCCACCACUGUGUUCUGCGCCCCGCCCCCCCGCGCCCCUUCUGGUUGCUCUUGUGUGAUCAGUUAGGUUUGGAGUUUGCUGUGGGGGCUGGAGGAGGCCCCCCAUAGCCUCCCAGCCUCCAGGCUCUGGC